UAAACCGCUUUCACCUGAAGCCUAUUCUAUGAGAAAAGUUCAGCAUCAUAUAUUUGCGAAUGAGCUCAAUUAAUACCGUGCGCAGCUAUACACAAAUGUCCGAUUCGGAAGGAUCGCCGCUGGCGCUGCUGCUGCUGCUGAUGGCGAACAGCAUGGGCGGUGAGGCGCUGAGGCGCAACUUUGAUGCGCGCCAGACGAGCGUCAACUCGAAUAUUCCACUGUGGAAGCAACGCGCCUGCGAGAAGUCGCCCAAGUACCAGAAGAACUCGCACUACAGCUGCGAUGAGAAGGGGGACGUGAAGUGCCUGCCCGGCUGGCAGGGCGAUCUCUGCCAAGUGCCGAUGUGUCGGCGCGGCUGUGAUCCGAUGAAUGGUUAUUGCCAGCGUCCAGGCGAGUGCCGCUGCCGCAUCGGCUACAGCGGCGAGCAGUGCGACAAGUGCAUUCCGCUGCCCGGCUGCCAACACGGCACCUGCAACAAGCCUUUCGAGUGCAUCUGCAAGCCCGGCUGGGAUGGACUAUUCUGCACAGAACCCAGCUGCCGCAGCGGCUGCCACAGCACGCGUGGCUACUGCGAGGCGCCCGGCGAGUGCCGCUGCCGCAUCGGCUGGGGGGGUCGAACCUGCAGCGACUGUGCCACAAUGCCUGGCUGUCAGCAUGGCACCUGCAACAAGCCGCUGGAGUGCAACUGUGAGCCUGGCUACACCGGCCUGCUCUGCCAGACAGCUUUGUGUGCUUCGGACUGCAGCAAGCAGCAUGGCUACUGCCGCAAGCCAGGAGAAUGUCGCUGCAAGGUGGGCUGGACUGGCUCACAGUGUGAUAAGUGUUUUCCGUAUCCUGGCUGUGUGAACGGCGACUGUGAUGCACCCUGGGAAUGCAAUUGCCGUCCCGGCUGGGGUGGCAUGCUUUGCGACGAAAAAUUGAGCUACUGCGUGGACAAUCCAAAGACCUGUGAAAAUGAGGGCAAAUGCAUUUCGCUCAGCCGCGAGGAUGGCAGCUAUCGCUGCCAGUGCCGACAGGGCUAUCUGGGCAAGAACUGCGAGAUACUCGAUGAGUUUCUGUUGACCUCGGUGGCACCGCCGCGCAUUACACCGCCGCCAACCAAGCUCGAAAUGGAGCUAGAGCAGGCCGCAGCUGUGCCUGAUGAUGGCAGCAUAGUAGAGCAACCAACAGCAACAACAACAGCGACAACAACAACAACAAUGGCAAUGACAACAAGGAGCACAACAAUGUUGCCAGACAUUGGAUUAAACGAGACCGCAGCAGCGACAACGUCAGCGACAUUGGGGCUGCGCACACGUGUUGCCAACCACAAUGCGUCUAAUGAAGCGUUAAGCUAUGGCAAUGCAGCUGCUGAUGAGGCGACAACAACGAGGCGUCCCAUAGCAACAGCAACAACAACAGCAACUAUAACAGUAAACGAACUUGGCAACAAUGCAACAAGUGGGCCACAGUUCAGUGCACACAAGCAACAGCAGGCGUCAGCGUCAGCGUCGGCGGCAGCAGCGGCGACGGCGGAGGAGGAGGACGAUGACGAAGAUGAGGAAGAAGAGGAUGAGGAGGAGGAGGAGGACGAGGAUGAGGACGAUGGCGAUUAUGAUGAGGAGGACGAUGACAACGAUCAAAUCAUACCAAAUAUUAUUUGA